CGCUCGGGGUUUGUGGCCCCGCCUGCAUUAGUGAACCCCUCUGGUGCUGGAUACGGUGGUCAGAAGAGCCCCUGAAUCCAGCGCUAAUAUUUCCUGCGCGUGUGCUGCGCGAUGUUGCGCAUUUAACACUGUGCACACAUGCGGAAUACACAGUCCUCUUCCCCCGAAGAAGUGCUAAAGGGGUUACUCCCAUCUCUGCUCGGAGUACUCGACAAACGCGAGCGAUUCUACGGAGAUUUCUGUUCCCUUGGACAAAGGAUAAUUGAUAAAGAGCCAAAGAAGGGAAAAGUGCGCUGCAUGCUGUAAGUACGCACCUUUGUUUUCUCUCCACUACGCGUCCGUUUUGUCCCUGUAGUUUCCUCAUUACCGAAUGCAGUUUUAAUUAUAGUUUUUUGUUUUGUUUUGUUUUUUACUUUAAACGCAAAGACAAGGAACUUGGAAGUUUUGUAUUAUCGGACAGAGCCCACACUUGACGAGCUGGUGAUGCUGGAGAUGUGAGGCUGGUGACGGACAGGCUCAUGUGUUGAUCAUGCCGCGGAGCCCCAUGUCUAGCGAAGAGGAAAUGGCUCAGAGUUUCUCGGACUCGGUCAGUUCGGAAUCAGACAGCUCCCGAGAUGAGCCUCCCAGGCUGGAUCGUCCUACCAGUGCCCGACUGGACAACAGCCUGCGAGACACAAUGUUCAUCUGUGUGGUCAUCCCUGACCUGCAGCAGUCUAAAUCCAUGAGGUUCAGUCCUGAUGCCACAGUAUGGGUUGCUAAGCAGCAGAUCCUGUGUACACUCACACAGAGUCUGAGGGAUGUGCUCAACUACGGGCUCUUCCAGCCAGCGGUGGACGGGAGGGAGAGUGGUUUCCUGGAGGAAGAACGACCCCUGAAAGACAAUCCGCUAUUCACCAAUAAAGGCAUUCCAACCCUUGAGUUCCGUUACAAGACUAGAGUGUACCAGCAGCCAAACGUCAGCGAAAAGCAAAUAGAAAAACUCCACACACAGGUCAACCUGAGGAAAUUUAUGGAGUAUAUCCAGCAUCAUCAGGUGGACAAAGUCUCCAAUAUGUUGGAGAGAGGGUUGGACCCCAACUAUCAUGACCCUGAAACUGGUGAGACACCACUAACCCUUGCGGCCCACCUGGACAAUAUGGUGGAGAUUAUAGUCACAUUGAAAAAUGGCGGGGCUCAUUUAGAUUUCCGCUCUCGGGAUGGGAUGACUGCCCUGCACAAAGCAGCCAGGGCAAAGAACCAGAUAGCUCUUAAGACUAUGUUGGAUUUGGGAGCGUCUCCAGACUAUAAGGACCGGCAGAGCUUGACUCCACUCUACCAUACAGUGACUGUAGGGGGAGACCCGAGCUGCUGCGAGGUCCUACUGCGUGCCCAUGCCAGCGUGGGAUGCCAUGAUGAGAACGGCUGGCAUGAGAUCCACCAGGCUUGUCGAUACGGCCACAUCCAGCACCUGGAGCAUCUUUUGUUCUAUGGAGCUGACACGCAUGUGGAAAAUGCAUCUGGGAAUACGGCUCUCCAUAUCUGCGCUCUGUACAAACAGGAAAAGUGUGCCAGGGUUCUUCUGGUUCGCGGAGCCAACAAAGACGUCAAGAACUACCGAGGACAAACGCCCUUUCAGGUGGCAAUAAUUGCUGGAAAUUUUGAGCUUGCGGAAAUCAUAAAGAAUCACAAAGACGCUGAUAUUGUGCCUUUCCGGGAGGCACCGGCAGGCACGGGUCGGAGCAGGCCACCGCAGCACCAGGGUAGGAGCACUCUUGCCGCCCCACGUGUGCUGCUCCGUUCCAACAGCGACAACAACCUGAACGUCAACAAGCUACCGCUGGACCGCUCUCGCUCGCCUUCUCCUGCCGCUUCCCCCCUGCGCAGCCUCUCGCCCCGCCACCCCCAGCAGAUGCAGAACAGCCCCAAUGGCACGGUGAAGACCAUGGCCCGGGGGGGACGCUCCGCAAGAAGCCGUUCCCCUUCCCUGGGCCGUCUGGGGGAGGGAGACACACGGAGACAGACCCCUCAGCGCCACUGCAGUCCCCGUGCCAACAGGGAUGUCUACUCUGGCAUGGACACUCCAGGGUCCAAACGCAAGCUGUACAGUGCUGUUCCAGGAAGACACUACGUGGUGGUCAAGUCUUACCAACCACAGGGCGAGGGAGAAAUUGCUUUGUAUAAGAACGACAGGGUCAAAGUUCUCAGUAUUGGGGAAGGAGGAUUCUGGGAAGGCAGUGCCCGAGGGAAUGUAGGCUGGUUCCCAGCAGAAUGUGUGGAAGAGAUCCCAAGCAAACCCAACGAGGACAGGCCAUAUGCCCGGGCAACCGAUCAGAGAGAAGGAAGCUCUUUCGACACUACACUGUGGGGUCUUAUGACAGUUUUGAUGCAUCAAGUUCGAAAACGGUUACCUAAGACGGUGUUAAAAGACAAAAAAGAGACAGAUCCUCUUGCAUCCGGCUACCAUACUCCUACCCCGCUGACACACCCCUCGCUCGAGCUGGUUGUCAUGGAGACAGAGAAUCCAUGGCAAUGCAGUGCAGGCUACUUCCUGCUGCAGGGUGCUUGA